CGUCAACUCGUUUUCAGUCACAAUUGUUGACACACACAAUCACACACACACAGAAUUUCACACACACACACACACACACACACACUUAUAAAUCUGAAGGAUUAUGGCCUCUGCAGUGACCGGCAAUGGACUUCCAAGUGGGUGUAAGAUUUUCACCACCAUUCCUGACAUCCUCUUCAUCCCAGAAUUUAUUUUUGGGGGUCUGACAUGGUGUCUGGUGGCUUCCACUCGAGUGGAUCCUCCGAACCCUCAGGGCUGGGUGAUGUUCGUCUCCAUCUUCUGCUUCGUCUUCACUACACUGUGGUUCAUCAUCUUCCUCGGUGGAGCAAACCAGAGCAGUGUGUGGCCCGGCCUGGACACAGCGUAUCAUUUCAUCGCUGUUCUCUUCUACCUGAGUUCCUCUGUAGCUCUGGCCAGCGUCACCCUCUACUACAAGAACGUGAUAACUCAAGGUUUCUACACACCCAUCCUUAAUAACACUGAGGCUCAAAAUUUCAAGACCUAUCAGGAGAACAUUGCUGCUGUGGUGAUGUCUUAUGUAACCAUGCUGCUCUACUUCAUCCACGCCAUCUUCUCUGCGCUCCGGUGGAAAUCCUCCUGAAGAGAAAGGCGAGAAGAGAAAGAUUUAAAAAAGCAAAACAAGGCAACCAUCUUCACCUCGAACCCUAAACCCUAAACUAAACCUGACCUGAAAAACCUCCACACACUUCCUGCUGUAGACCAGUAGGGGGCAGCAGCUGUAAAUGGCGCUGUUUAGCUUCCUGCUGAUGAGCAGAAGGUCCCGAAGCCAAUCACAGAGUUUCCAAACUUAUUCAUUAUUCAUCAUUAUACCUUUCACCCCAAGCAUCUAUUCAUAGAUCAGAUUACAUAAAGUAAAUCCUAACCGUAAAUAAAGUUUUAUAAACACACAAAGAGAUAAAGAAAACAAUGCAUCUGAAUUUUUUGCAGAUUAUUGAGCAUGUGUUUGAUUCGUUUAACAAAAUUCCUUUAUAUGAAAAAAAAUGUUCUGUUGUUAUAAUGGUUUAAACACAUCCAGGAACACCGUGACGGCCGACUGACCACACCUCAGCCAUGUAAAAUCUUAUCUCCAUACACAGAUCUGCAUCUACAUUUCUUCCUAAUUAUUCCCCAUUAUUCCUGAUUGUUCUUAUCUUCACACACUGUUUCCUGAAUAGUUCUGAUCUCAGAUCUGUGAAGAAAACGGAGUUCAGAUCUACAGCUGAGUCCAACACCAGGAUCUGAUGACUCUGAUGAAUAAAUCGAUCUUAUACACCAAUCUGGCCUCACUUUGAUGAAAGAGUAAAAAGAAGAGAGAUACGUUCCCCUCUACACGCCCACGCUGACACGCCCACUGUACAUGCCCAUGCUGACAUGUCCACUGUACACGCCCACGCUGAUACCCCACUGUGCAUGCCCAUGCUGACUGUAAAGGUCCCACUGUAAAGGUGUAUUCACGUUUUUAUCACAUUUGUGACACAAUCACAAUUAUUCAAACAAAAAUGAAAUAAAGCUUUGUCUAAAAACAAACGAAAUAAAUGGAAAACAUAUUUCUUUAUUUUUGCUUCAUCAGAAUUUUACACCAAGAAAUGUUUAUGAUUUUAUUACCAGAUUAUUUUCUUGAAAAAUGUUUCAGAUGUAAAUGUUUUUAUGCAAUAAUCAGAAAUAAAAUGUUUAACAAACCA